GCGAUGGCCAAGGUGGCUGAUAUGCAAAGUGCCGCCCGAGCCGUCGCUGCGCGGCGACAGCAGUUCGACGUGCGCUGGAGCAGACUCCCAUUACUUCUGAGCGCGAUCAUGUUUCUCAACCUCGUGGCGAUGCCAAUGAAAGCCUACGUGACCGAGUUCUUGCCGUGGACGUAUGUGCCACCACCGGCGCCACUCGCCUCGACCAACUUUACGUUCUUCAACGCGUCGACACUGGAGCUUCUUCAGAGACUAUACAACCGGAGUACGCUGCCUCCGCACGUCACAUACCAUGAAGACGCGGCGGGGUACGUGCUUCGAAAAACGAUCAACCCGCGCAUCACGAGUCUCGAUGCGUGUGCCUCUGAAGUCCUUCCGGGCCUGCCCGGUGCGAUUUUCUAUGGCCCGUCCUUUUCGCGACUAAUUUGUGCGAUGGCCAUGGCUGACAACGGGACUGCGUGGAACGGCAGUGGGGAUUGUAUCUACCUGACCUUCUUUACGCAGCCAUGGAUCUACCAGUGUCUUUGGCUCACGAGCGGCGACGACCUUGCACUCAACGCUUCGGCGCCCGGUUAUACGCUCACGUACGCAGCUCGUCCGUAUCCACUGGCGUGGUGGUGUCCCACCAAGUUUGCUUACCGAACUCUAACGACAUUCUACAUUGCGCACCUGGUCUGGACGCGCUACUACGUUCAAUGCGUCGCGCUCGCAACGUCACUGGCCGUCACCGGACACCGACCGCUGGAUGUCAAAAACUCUGCUUCAAUCUGGCGCUACGAGGUUGUGCUGGGGGACCCAACGGCGAUGGUGCUGACUGACCCUCUUGUCGCCUUCUUGCUUUGUGUCGACAUUGUCGCGAGCUACGACACGCUAACGUUCGCUGUCCUUCGAGCGACCCAGAGCGCCGACGUCUAUGUCAUGUUGAUUGCAUUCUUGUACCUUUCAUGCACCGUCUGGCUGCCGUACUUGGCCGUCUCGACGACGACGCUUCUCGUGAAGCGUUACCACAAGGAGCGCUCGUUUGCACAAAUUGACCCCACGGCACUAGCGAUUGCGACAGCGAUUCUCGGCCCGGCGCUCACGUGGUGCAUGGGCAACGUCAGCUUUUUCUUGCAGUUCUACCAGUACCUCGGCCGGGUCGCGGUGCCAACGUCGGACCAACAUACCAAGUUUGAGUCAGCGCCAGACGUCAUUGUGUAUUUGGUUUCGCUUGCGUCGCUGCCAUUAAUGUAUGGUUUUGGCCGUGCACGCUGGCAAGGGGACGAUGUAGGCUCCACCCGCCGGACGCUGCUGCGAUAUUCUAGCUUUCAGAACAAUCCAUGGAAGAAUCGCGCUCUCUUGGCACUCGUCCAGUGCCUUGAAGGCAGAAGCAAGACAUCGGGCGACAUGAUGGAGCGCGGCGGGUCCGUCUACGCUCUUUUUGAGGCCAAUCGGCAGUUUGAGAGAUGUCCCGCGAUUAGCUUUCGCGCGACCGACUGCUUUGUCUUGUGCCAUCAGGACGGUAUGCUGAGGGAGCGUUUGCGGCUCACGCUCUUGUCGACGCUCGAUCGGCACGAACGGGAUGCGUCACUGGCCGUUCCAAGUACCGUUGAACUGUCCGACUACUGCGUCAAUACCCUCCAUGUCGCUACAAGGAUGGAGAACGAUAUGACUUCCAGCGCAGGUCCUCGCUUGUCACAUGCUGUGAGCCUCUCGUCCCAGCCCUCGGCGUGGUGCCUCUAGUCCUGUGCGCAAUUUACUACCGUAUGACACCUGCCACAAUUCCUGCUACGUCCGGCUGCCACGUAAAAACUUCCAAAAUUGAUACAAUGGAUCAUUCAAAUUUGAAAGGAAAUGCAAAGUCAUGUCAUCCUGAG